AUGAAGUUGGGUGGACUAACACACGGCCCCUCUCGUCGUCCCUCUCAAAUGAAAAUUUAUCGAGAUAGAGAAGUCUCGUUUAAUUUGAAGCCAGCCACAAGUCUGGACGCUUCCAAGAUGUCAGGGGCUCAUGAGCUGAACAGGAAGCGCCGUCCCACUAAAGCGUUUUUGAUUUCGUCCGACCUGCGGCUCCAGGAUCACCUGGAAGGUACCAUUUGGCUUCAGCGGGGGUUCGUCUGUAAAGAGCAGGAGCAGGAACAGGACAAAAGGGGGGACUGCCUCUGGGUGAAGGUGUUAGACAAUGGAGCCAUGGUAAAAAUAGAGAGGUCGUUCCUGCAAGAAGUCCCGGCUGAGCUGGUGGGCCUGCUGGAGCCCGUGUUGGAUCUGGAACUUCGAUUCCACCUUCUUGCCAAUCCUGGCAAGCUGCAGCACUUGGCCUCCCUGCCCGCCGAUGCCCCUCUGUGGGUCCAGUUAGGCCAGCAGGACGAACUGGCAGAGGCACAACUCAAGUACACCGGGCCCCUGGCCAGAGGGAGCAGCGCUGUGUAUUUCGGAGUCCAGCUGAAGGGCUCAGCGGCGGGCCGAGGGACGGGCAACGGCUCCUACAAGGGCCACCGCUUCUUCAGCUGCCCCGACUCCUGCGCCCUGUUCGUCCCGGUCAGCCACAUCCGGCUCCGCCACUGGUCUCGCCCCGACGGUUCGGAAGCCCAGGAGAGGGGCCGCGACCCCCACCGCAACGGCGGCAGGCAGCAGGGCGGCAGCGAGCGCCCGAACCACCAGCACCAGCAGCAUAGGCGGCACAUCAGCUUCCGCCAGCCCCCCCCCGCCAGCCACCCUCAGCCACAGGGCAUCCUGUCCCGAACGGCCGACUCCGCCGCCCCCGCCUCUCGCGGCCAGGUCCCUGUGUCGCCCCCGCCGUUCCGCGCCGGCCAGCGCGUGUGUUUCCCGUGGCAGGACGCCGUCCAGGCCGGGGAGGUGCGCUUCUGCGGCGUGCUGCCCGGCAGCUCCUCCUCUGGUCUCCAUGUCGGCAUCCUCCUGGACGCUCCUGUCGGCAAGUGGGACGGGCAUUACAGAGGAGAGAAGCUCUGCCAAAUUCCCUCUGCGCUCUACGGAAUCCUGCUUCCAGUCAGCAAAGUUUCUGCAGAACAGAAGUCCCCUCGUCAAAAUCCCCCUACGCAGAUUCCCAAAUCCAUCCUAAAGCCGGUGCUGCCGGCCGUCACAAAACAAGCGCCCACCUCGCCGCCUCCCGCAGCCGCCAAGAUCCCCCUGAUGCCCCCUUCCAAACAAGCCCUCAGACCUCCCCCCCUGCCUCCACCCAAACCCCCUCAGAAACCCCAGCCCACUGCCCCCGCGCCGCCCCCCAAGCCCCGCAGCCCCGCCCCGCCCGCGGGCCCCGAGCCACAGCAUGCCAACGGCCUGCACGGCCCGGCCUCGCCGCUGACCAGCCCCGCUCACGCCGAGGGCGCGGGGGAGAACGGGGAGGCGGGGCUUGAAGUGGGAUCCAUGGUGGAGGUGAACGACCCGCCCCUUUUCGGGGUCAUCCGCUGGAUCGGACAGAUCGCCGGCAUUCCCGAGCCCGUGGCUGGAAUCGAGCUGGACGAGGAGCUGUCUGCUGGAACCGAUGGCAGUUACCUGGGUGAGCGUCACUUCCGUUGCCCGCCCAACAAGGGGCUGUUCGUCAAGCUCCGCAACUGCAGACGGGACUCCAGGUUCCCCGCCCCCGAGACGCCGGUCAACCAGGUGGCCAGAUGCAACUCCAUAGCGUUUGCGGAGUGGGGCAGCGAGCGGGUGGAGGACCACACACCUCCCGUGGACGGGGACGAGGCCAGAGAACUCUACCAGGGCUGGAAGAGAGGCAUCCAGGGUCACCUCAACUCCUGCUACCUGGACGCCACGCUGUUCAGCCUGUUCUCCUGCUGCAGCUCCGCCGACUGGCUGCUGUUUUGGCCGUCGGACCCGGGGACGGAGCAGAGCUCCGGCCAGGCUCAGGACCUGCUGCGCUGUGAGAUAGUCAACCCACUGCGAAGGUAUGGCUACGUGUGCGCCAGUAAGACCAUGGCUCUCAGACGGCUGCUGGAAGCUGCCAACAGCGACACGGGCUUCACCAACCAGGAGAAAGAUCCCGAAGAGUUCCUCAACAAGCUUUUCCAGCUCCUGAGAGUUGAGCCGCUCUUGAAAAUCAGAUCGAUGACUCAGCAGCCUCAGGAGUGCCACCUCUACCAGCUCUUCCCACCGACUCUUCCCCCCUCCUCCCCCUCCUCACCCGUGUCCCCGCCGGCCUCGCCCAUCCCCCUCUCGUCCUCACAGUGCAUGAGGGUCUCCAGCGUUCAGGCUCUGCUGGAGACCUCCUUCCAUCACGCCCGCCUCAAGUUUGUGGAGGCUCCCUCUUGCCUCCUGCUGCUCAUGCCCAGAUUCGGGAAGGACUUCAAAAUGUAUGACGCCAUCUUGCCCACCCUCAGUCUGGACAUCACAGACCUCCUGGAUGACACCGUGAGACAGUGCACCAUCUGCCAGACCGCAGCAGAGUGGGAGUGCCUGCAGUGCUAUGAAGACUUGGACAUCACACCCGGACAACUCAAACAGUACUGCCAGACCUGCAACACACAGGUGCACAGCCACAAGAACCGGCUGUCCCACAGCCCGCUGAAGAUAUCGGUCCCCGGGGGUCCGUGGUCCGGCCCGCUGCACUGCACCCGCCGGCGAAUGUCUCUCUUCGCCGUGACGUGUAUAGAGACCAGCCAUUACGUGAGCUUCGUCAAGCACGGCCCCCAAGACACAGACUGGCUGUUUUUUGACAGCAUGGCUGACCGAGAAGGCGGCGAGAACGGCUUCAACAUCCCACAGGUGAAGGCUUGUCCCGAGGUGGGCCGCUACCUCAGUCUGUCGGAGGAGGACCUGAGCAGGGUCAAUGCCUCGUCCUUAAAGGAGGCCACCCGCCGCCUGCUCUGCGACUCCUACAUGUGUCUGUACCAAAGCCCAGAGCUCAGCCUGUACAAGUGA